AUGCCCGCGUGCGACGAGCGCGAGCUCCGCGGCGUGGAGAUCGACGUCAUGGAUCUCAUCGAGCGCCACGCGCGCGACGUCGACCGCGCGCGCGACGACGGCGACGACGCGUACGCGGCGGCGAUGUCGUUUGCGAAUUUCAAAGCGCGCUGGUGCGAGCGACGGUUCUCGAACGUGCACCUGGGAAAGCCGGCGCAGCAGACGUACAACGGGUACGUGCAGUGCGCGUACGAUUGCGCGAUGAAGUACGCGCGGACGGGGAAGACGCUGGCGACGCGAGCGACGGGGGUGUACUGCGUGUACGCGCUGCACGAGACGCAAUUGGAGGGAGAGCCGGUGCGAGCGUACGCGUGCCCGAGGGCGCUGGAGGCGCUGGCGGAGACGAUCGAGGCGUGCGAUGCGAUCGGAGCGCACGCGGUGGGACGGAUCGUGAAGAAAAUGAUGGACGCGGAGAGCUUCGUGGUGGGGGCGAGGGACACGACGAACGCGCCGAUGUCGCGAAUGGGCGCGGGGGCGCCAGAGGUGUUUAAAAAUUUCGACGAGAAGGAGGCGAUUCACGAGGCCCUGGCGCAUUUGUUGCAAGAGAGGCUCGAUGAUGAGUUAGAUGAGAUGAGCGCGAGCGCGAGCGAGUACACGAGGAGUUUAGCGGGGGCGACGAGGUUGGAGGAGUCCACGUUGGCGGCGCCGGUGACGAUUUGCUCCACGGUGCAGACGCUGUUGACCAAGACGAAGACCAAGGUUGAGCGCGCGUUGAAACCCCCGAUCGAGGCCGGCGAACCUUUAAUGUUGCCGGGCAUUCCCGUGAACCUGCCGAAGGCGAAAAAGAAGAAGACCCAAUCGAAGACGCAGGCGGCGCCAAAGCGCGCGGAGAAAUUGGCGUCCAUGCCGAGCUUCGCGCCGUCGUUUGAUUAG